AGGAAGGAUAAAAGCGCUCUGAGGCAGUACAAGUCAUCUUCGCCUCUGACGUGAGUGGAGGACGUUUGUUGCUACGCCGCUCGUCCGCACCCAACGGUGUACGCCACCACCCACCGUCUCUUUCUCGUUUCUUCUUCGCUGCUCAUCGCCGCGUGACAGCAUGGGUCUGCUGGAGCGCCGAAAGGCCAUCGAAGAAGAGAUCGCGCGCACGCAGAAGAACAAAAAGACCGAGUACCAUGUGGGUCGCCUAAAGGGCCAGUUGGCCCGCAUUAAGACCGAGAUGCUCGAAAACGCGGCCCGUGCGGCCGGCGCGAAGGGCGGAGACGGCUUUGACGUGCGCCGCAGCGGUGACGUCCGCUGCACCCUUGUCGGCUUCCCCUCCGUCGGAAAGUCGUCGUUUCUGUCGCGGGUCACGCAGACGGAGAGCGAGGCGGCGAACUACGAGUUCACCACCCUCACCUGCAUUCCUGGCAAGUUGAUGCACAAAGGGACGGAGAUCCAAAUUUUGGACCUGCCCGGUAUCAUCGAGGGUGCGGCGGAGGGCAAGGGCCGUGGUCGCCAAGUGAUUGCCACCGCACGCACGGCCGACAUGAUUAUCUUGAUGCUCGACGCCGCCAGAGCUGAGGCACAACGGUCUAAAAUUGAAAAUGAACUAGAGUCGGUUGGCAUCCGCCUGAAUCAGCGUUUCCCCAACGUAACGUUUAAGAAGAAGGCGUCGUGCAGCAUGAAUGUCGUGAGCUACAGCUCCACGGUGCCGCAGACGCGCGGUGUGUCAGAGCAGAUGGUCAAGGAGGUGCUGAAGGACUACGGCAUCUUCAACGCGGAUGUGGCGCUGCGCGAGGACAUCACCGUUGAUCAACUGAUCGACGUCAUUGAGGGCAACCGCAAGUACAUGCCGUGCCUCUACGUGUACAACAAAAUUGAUACGAUCACCAUGGAGGAGAUGGACCGUCUCAGCCGUCUGCCGCACGCGGUGGUGCUGUCACUGCACUGGGAUUUGAACGUGGAUGAGGUGAUCGACGAGGUGUGGGAGCACCUGAACAUCAUCCGCAUUUACACCAAAAAGCACGGCGAGCACCCAGACUUUGGCAAGCCGUUUGUAGUGAAGCGCGACUCCAGCGUAGAGCACAUCUGCAAGCGCAUUCACAAGGAUAUCGCGUCCCGGUUCAAAUACGCGCUUGUGUGGGGCACCAGCGCCAAACAUCAACCGCAGCGUGUGGGCAUUGCGCACGAGUUAGAAGACGAGGAUGUCCUCCAGAUUAUGCUGCGGACGGCCAACGAGUAA